GUUAAACAUACUAAAAUUUGUGCUCUCGUGAUAACUUCGAAGAUCGUGACUAUUUAGCUUGUAUAAAAAUGGAAGUUUGUACAUUUCCAAAUAUAUCAGAAUUUGAAAAUUCUACGUUUUCACAAUUUCAGAAACUUAGCGCGAAUAGAACCCCGAUAUUAACACCGUACAGUUUUGAACUUGUAGAUUGGGAGAGUUGGGGAGAUUCCAUGGGGGAAAAUUGGAUUUUACCAAUUCCCACGGGAAUUUUGUAUUUGGCGACGAUUUUUACGGUUAAAAAGAUCAUGAUGAGAAGGAAAGGAUUUGAUUUGAGUGGCGAAUUAUUCCUCUGGAAUGCAGGACUCGGUCUCUUUUCACUUAUUGGAUUUGUGAGAACGGUUCCAGAAUUAGUCGUGAGAAUUUGGGAGGAUGGAUUUCAAAAUUCGAUAUGUGUCGGGAAUCAGUUCAGUGCUCCCUUCGCCUUCUGGAUAUUUCUAUUCACAUAUUCAAAAUUUGUCGAACUAGGUGACACAAUGUUCAUCGUACUGAGAAAGAAGCCGCUUUUGUUUCUUCAGUGGUACCAUCACAUCGUUACGUUAACGUACUGCUGGCUGAUUGUCCCAUUCUUUGAACCGGUGGGGGCAUACUUUGCCGUGAUGAAUUAUGGUGUGCACAGCUUGAUGUACCCUUAUUUUGCGGUGAAAGCAUUGGGCUGGAAUGCACCCCGCUGGUUGGCAAAUAUUAUCACGACGGCGCAAUUGUUACAAAUGUGGGCGGGAUUUUUCCUAAAUUUCUACUCCGUCUUUUUAACAUGGCGAGGAAUACCAUGCUAUCGGGCUCCGCUAAGUAUUUACGCCGGUUUUGUAGUCUAUGGAAGUUUCAUUUUUGUCUUCACGCUAUUGUUUAGAGAAGUCGUGUCAAAAUCGAGGAAAAUACCAGUAAUGAAGAGUAAAUCGAUGUAAGUAAUUAUCUAACUAAUGACUUAUUAAAUUACAUAAAUAAUGUAGAAAAUAUUGAAUAUUUAAUUCUUUGUGUAUAAAUUAUCAAAAGCUCAUAAAACGUCAAAAUUUUGCUGAAACAUAAAAUUAGUUGAUCACAUAGAUUUAUAAAUCGUGAACACUUCGAAAAUAUGGAAAGUCAGCAACAGUGGAGACCCUAUUUAAUGCAAUAUGAAUUACAGAAAUACUGGUUUAAAAGUUUCGCACUGUUCAAGGCAUCCUGCGAUAUACCCAAACAAUGACUUCGAAAAUCUGAUCCAAACUACUGUAUAUGAAUGCCUUGCCCAUUUAUAUCUUGCACUAUGCUCUUAAAAAUAAUGUUUCCCUUAAACGAACUUAUGUAUUACAAAAUUGAAUAAUGAAUUUAUGUAUAUUCGGUCAACAUUGAUAGUGAAUUUACCAACAUACCUUGUGGCAGUUAAGUAAAUUUUCAUUAGUGUAAAUACUCUCGGUUUUAUAUACUAAAAAUUUUUACACCACUGAGUAGCUCGCCGUCAUCAAAGUUAGCGACAUGGUUUGAGUAAGACAGAAGUUCUGGAUGGUGAGUGGCGUUCUUCGAUCAAUGAAAUUGUUCGAACCCAAUUUAAUCUUAAGGGGGCGACAUGCCCCCAGCUUUCGUUUGAUAAAGGCCCUCUCGACCUUAGUGAUUUUCAGUCUCCAUCUUUUCACAGAGGUCAGCAGCCGAGCUGAAUUGACAUUGACGCGCGAUGCCAUCGUAACAAUUAAAAUAUUGAUCAAUCCAGAAUUGACAAAGAUCAUGGGAAACAGGAGAAAUUGUGGCAUUUCAAUCAUUCCGUGGAGAUGGAUUGACGAAUAUAAUCCAAGCACUUGAGCUAUCGGAACCCCGAGAAGAAUUGUGGGUACGAGACGAUUUUGCAGAACGGCGUUGAAAGAUUUCUCCAAUACUUGGAAGCUAUGGUAAAUUCGAAUCCAUUCCUGAAGGUGAUGAAACGUCGAAAUUUUACUGAAACAUAAAAUAAAUUAACUAAUGAGAUAUGCAAUUGCUUGGCCCCUUUGGAAAUAUGGGAAAUGUAGCAAUAAUUCUAAUCGUCAUGUAAUACAAAUUUUGGAACAAGUAGUGUUGCAAUAAUCCCUUAAAAAAUAGACAUUGCGCAAAUUGGCUUUGAUUUGUUGAAGAUUGAUCGUUUAUGCAAGGUCUUUGCAAACUUAGACGGUUAACUUUGCAGAUUUAGUCACAACCUUGUAUAUAUAUUUGCUGGGCCGUUAGUGUUAGGGUUGGUUAUCCGAUCCGACAGAUCAGGUAAUAGCUACUCGGAUCGACCUACCCUAAUUAGUGUUGACAUGAUUAUACCUGUCAAUUUCUUUGAGAUACAUCAGGAAGCAGAACGUCCCCAUGAAAAAUGUUGAUAUGACGAGGGCAGAACAUGAGUAGAGUGAGUGGAACAUAAUCCAAGCUUCGAAAAUGUGAACUGCUCCGGUCAACUUAUAACCACGCAACGCUUCACAGUUGGAAAACAUGGAUAAGAUGAAGGGCGGCGAGCAAGGCAGCAAAGUCAAGAAGAAAAACACACCAAACGCUACGCUUGUCUGGGAGGCUUCCAUUACGUGGAUAAAAAUUACCAUAACUUUUACCUUGAGGGACUCUGGACCUGUCAACAUUCCUGAAAUUCAUAGGACAUAUGUAUUUUUAAAUUAAGUGAUAUAAAAAUCUAUAAAAAUGACUGCUGAAAUAAUAGGGAGCUUUACUAGCGAAAUUUGUUAACUAAUCAGAAAUGCACCAUUACGGAUCAUGGUACCCGUUUGAAAGGAAAUGUACCCGGACUUCUUUAUUGAGAAAACAAGACAAAUGAAGGGAAUCAGACGCCGCUUAACGCAUUGAUCCAGGUUGACGCCGGAGGUCAUGAUUCCUUCCAUUGUAUGGGGCUUGAAAUUGCGACCAUUUUCGCCCAUGGCCAACCAAACCAAGCAUUUUGUGCGUUAUUUCGCUUUUGGAAUAGUUCUUUCGUCGCAUUUCACUUCAAUACAAGUUCUUGCAUAGAAAUAUUGCGAAAUUGAUACAUCAAAUUUGUCGGAUAUGAGAUAGUUCUCGUCGUUAAUAACCGAAAAUUUCGAUCUUGAUUUCUUGUAAAUUUCCUGUACCCCUGUUUUGGCUUGCUGUUUUUUAUCCUUAUACACUUUUGAGCUUUCUGUUUUUCUUGAAAUCUUAUCCCUAUUUAAUGUACUUUAAUUUUCCUAAACGUUGUGGUGCGUACCCUGACCGUGUGGAAGCGGUUGGGUACGGAACGGAUGGGUUCCGUUUGCACAGCCGUUUGCACAGCUUCCAAGGUUUUGAGGGUCGUCCGAGAUACCAAGCUUCCGAUAAUAUUUGUGAAAGUUGCAGUUUUAUCUACUUCAGACCUUUGCAAUACAUCGUAAAUAGUUGAUUUUUGGUGACCUUGGCUUCCAAAAUUUUAGCAGAGUUUUUCCUUGUUACAGUCGAACGAGAUUUUCAUAGCAGUGAAAAAAACGAGUUAUGAGUUCCUGUUUUUCGACUCAUGCCAUUUUGCUCAAACUGACUUGUCAGAUUAUUGAUAUACGAUUAUGAUUACUAUUUUGGUUUGUACUUACGAGAACAUAUAUAGGAUUAAAUUAUUCGUACGAUUUCGUACCGAAUUAAUUGAAUUUAUGAAAUUCUGAGAACUUAGUAAAAACACCAUAUUUUGGGGUUGUUUCCAUGGAUUUCUGUAAUUUCUCUUGCAGAAUUACUUUGUGAAAUAAGGACAUGUUCAAUUGCUGGGUAAAUUUGCGAAAAAAAAAUCCCAUGGUUUUCCUGCAAAUUUUUUGAGAAAUCUCACAUAUCUCGCAAAACUUUGCAAGUUAUGUUUCUAUUCUCAAUUUGCGAGAUAUGCGAGAUAUGCGAAGGUUGACGUGAGUACGCUCAUUAUAAAAACGUUAAGAAAAAAGUGUAUACCUUUUCGUUGUAAAUAACGCUCGAAAUCCAUCAUCGAGUUCAUAACUUGGAUGGUUCCAUUAUCAAGAUUGUAAUUCCAUCGAAUUAUUGCACAAACUAAAUGCAUUAAGAAAAAUACUAAACCCUGAAACUUUCCGGUGACCGAGAUCGGCCCAAAAGCUAAAUUUAUACCCAUGGAAAAUGUGUAACACGCGGAUAAAAUGCAUUGAACUCGAAAAACUUUAAUUUGAAGGAUUGACUUGCUACUGAUAAAUUUUUUCGAGGUUUUAUCAAAAUCGAAUGGAAUGCAGUAAAGGAAUUUGCAUUGACGGAAACGAUUCUUGAUCACGGGGAGAAAUGAGCUUGUAAACAUGGCAGAGAGGAUUGAAUAUUGAUGUCUUUUAAAAUUUCGAAAACUGUUAGAAAUUUGGUGCGAAAUAAAUUCCGGAGAUAAAUAAAUAUCCUGUAAGUUAAAACAUACUGGUCAAACGUAGACGGCACAAGGAUUUAAUUGCCCGAUGAGAAAUUACCCAUUAAUUUUUAAUCAUUGUCCGUUAAAAAGAUUGAUGUUAAUUAAGUUGGUAUUGAUUCAUAUAUGAAUCACCGUUAUAACUUCUUGCGUAUUUGUGUUAUCUUACCAAUUAAAAGAGCAGACAAUGCACUCUUAAAAAUAGUGUUACCUUUUUGAAAGGAAAUGUGCUAUUAAUUUGAUAUUAAGUAAACUACACUAAAUCAAAAUUUACGCUAGCUCGAUAAAGAACAAAGGUUACACUGGAUUUUUCACAGUUAACUUAAUACAAAAUUUUGACAGCUUACUUGUAAACGGGGGAUAACUUUACUUUUAAAAGUGAUAUCUACAGCAUAGGUAAUCAAACUAAUGUGUUCCUGCGACAAUCAAGAAGAUAAAUGAAGCCAAUCAAAAUAAUUUACUACUUGUGAAUUAAUUAUUUAUGGAUCUCCCAAUGACACGUGCCUCCAUCGGUAAAAUCAUUAUUUGGAAUAAUCAUACUACAAUUUUUAUAUCUUUUUACUGCAAACCACGUAUUCAUUUUACCACUCUUUUUUGAUAAAGUGGCGAUUUUACGGAUGAGCUUCAAAUUUGACGACAUGAAGUAUAAAAUGUUCCGCUAAUUAGACCGUAACAUAAAUAUGGACAAAAAUUUCCAAUUUUUUAUUUUUUGUAACUGUUAAAUAUUGACC